CCGCGCGUCUACUGUCCGCGGGCACGGCAAGGGGCGGGGCGUCUGAGGACAGGGCCUAGCCGGAAGUGAGCCUACGAGAGAGGGCGGUCCUGGGGCCCCCGCCCCCCUACCCACUCCAGCCCCGACGGAAACAUGCACAAGAAGAAGGCGCCCCCGGGACCUCCGGGACGCGGCGCGGCUGCAGCCAGACAGCUGGGCCUUCUGGUGGACUUCUCCCCUGACGGAAUGAUGAUUCCUGAAGAUGGUGACAAUGAUGCUGACCUUGAGGCAGAGUUCAUGGCUUUGGUAGGGACCCAGCCACCUCAGGAGCUCAAAAGCAAAGCUCCUUUGCCUAUGGAGACCAUUGAAAAGAUGGCUUCCCUGUGUAUGAAGGACCUGGAUGAAGGAGAGGGGGAAGAAGAAGAUGAUGAUGAUGUGGAAGAUGAUGAUGAACUGCUGGCAGAACUCAAUGAAGUCCUUGGGGAAAGGGAGGAGACUCAAGAUACUCAGAACUUCCCUAUGGCCAAGUCGCCCAAUCUUCCACACCCUAAGAUCAGCCCUAGCAGUGCUGGCAUGGAAGCCACCUUGGCUGAAAGGCUGACCAUGUACCAGACUGCCAUCAUCAAUGCCAAGCAUGCUGGGGACAGUUCCAAGGUCCGUCGAUAUGAACGAGGUGUCAAGACAUUAGAGAACCUGCUGGUUUCAGUUAAGAAGGGACGGAACAUCAAUGAGGAGGACAUCCCACCUCCUGUAGCUGUGGGGAAGAGCCCAAUACCUACACCAGAGAGUGUUAUACCCACCCAGCCCCCUCAGCAUCAGCUGCCAGUUGCUCCUCCCAAAACACUGCCUGUGCCCCCAAACCAUGGCUCUGGGGUGACUGAGAAGCCAGCCCCUGUAACCUCACCUGUGAGCUCUGGUCCUGGCAUCCCUGGGUCCCUGGUCCUAUUACAGGAGCGGCAGCGGGAGUACAAAAGGGCUGCAUUGCGCUCCAAACAGGAGGGAGACUCAGAAGCAGCUGCUAAGUAUUACCGUGUAGCCAAGAGCUUUGAUGCUGUUCUGGAUGCAAUGACCAGGGGUGAGGCUGUGGACCUGUCCCGUUUACCUCCACCACCUGACCAGAUGCCCAAGAACUUGCCUUCCCCAGGGCUCCAGCCUCCAGCUUCCACUCCCAGUACUGGCACUAUCUCCCCCUCCAUGCCAGAAAUGCCGCCACCUCCACGGACCCUGCUGGAGGCUUUGGAACAGAGGAUGGAGCGUUAUCGGGUAGCUUCAGGGCAGGCAAAGGACAAAGGUGAUGAUCGAAAGGCCCGGAUGCAUGAUCGAAUAGUCAAGCAAUAUCAGGAUGCCAUCCGGGCCCACAAGUUAGGCAGAUCUGUGGAUGUGACUGAACUGCCUGUUCCCCCAGGUUUCCCUCCAAUCCAGGGCCUGGAGACGGCCACAACCACACAGCAAAGCCUUGUAGGGGUUCUUGAGACUGCCAUGAGACUGGCCAACCAGGAUGAGGAGGAAGAAGAGACAAAGAAGCCCAGCACCCACUCCCUUCCUUCUCCACAAUCCAAACCCCAGGCCCCCAGGACCCCUGGACCAGGAACUGGCCCACCUGGGAAAGUGGCUAUAAAAGGCUCCACCAAAGCCCAGCAGCAGCUGGCUUUCUUGGAAGGGAGGAAGAAGCAGCUGUUGCAAGCAGCCCUUCGAGCCAAACAAAAGAAUGAUCUGGAAGGUGCAAAACUCUUUUUGCGCCAAGCUAAGGGACUGGAGCCCAUGCUGGAGGCUUCACUGAACGGGCUACCUGUGGAUAUCACCAAGGUGCCACCAGCACCUGUCAACAAAGAAGAUUUCACACUGGCCCAUCGACCUGGCGCAGCCAUCUCUCUGGAGGAGGCUGGACAUUAUGCUGAGCUCACCAAGUUGAUGAGGCAGCAGCAUGAGAUGUGCCUAAAGUACUCCAACCAAUUCACCCACCUGGGAAAUGUUGUGGAAACUAGCAAGUUUGAGAAAAUGGCUGAAGACUGUAAGAAAAGCAUGGAGAUUCUGAAGCAAGCCCACAGCCGGGGCUUCCCCCUUCCCAAGUUCCACUACGAGCAGAGGACCUUCAGUGUGGUCAAGAUCUUCCCAGAACUCAACAGUAGUGACAUGGUUCUGUUCAUAGUGAAGGGCAUCAACCUUCCCACACCUCCAGGGGUAUCCCCCAGUGACCUGGAUGCCUUCGUUCGAUUUGACUUCCCCUAUCCUAAUGCAGAAGAAGCUCAGAAGGACAAGACUAAUGUGAUAAAGAAUACAGACUCCCCUGAAUUCAAGGAGCAGUUCAAGCUUUUCAUCCAGCGGGGACACCGGGGCUUCAAGCGUGCCAUCCAAACCAAAGGGAUCAAAUUCGAAGUGGUUCACAAGGGGGGAUUGUUCAAGCCAGACCGUGUCCUGGGCACUGCCCAGCUCAAGCUGGAGGCCUUGGAGUCAGCCUGUGAGAUCCGAGAAAUCCUUGAGAUCCUGGAUGGCCGUCGCCCCACAGGAGGGCGGCUUGAGGUGAUGGUCCGUCUGAGGGAGCCACUGACCUCCCAGCAGCUAGACACUGUCACCGAGAGAUGGCUGGUCAUCGACCCCCUGCCCCCAGUGGCUGUACCCAAAACAAAGGCCCCACCCAUCCCUGCUCCUGGACGGGAUCAAGGAAGCAACAGACCAGGCUUCAGCCUGAAGAGCCUCAGUGUCAUGGCCUUUGACCGGGAACGGCUAGAGAGGAAGAUUGUGGCGUACAAGCAAGCACGGCAGGCAGUGCCCGGGAAGCUGGCCCAGCAGUACCAGGAACUUGUGCAGCACAGCCAGUGGCAGAGAGCACAGCUAGAACAGGGAGGCCCGGGCAUCCGGAGAGAGUACCACGCUCAGCUGGAACGAUACCUGCAGUACUAUACGGAGGCCGCCCGAAACCUGGGCAGUGACGGCAACAGGGAUGCAGCCAAGGAAGCUCUGUACAAACGGAAUCUAGUGGAGAGAGAGGUGAGAGCCUGGGGCGUGGGGAGGGACUUCUCUCACAUUCCUUCUCUGUCUCUCCUGUCCCAUUUCUGACGGGAGAAUUAACUAGUGCUUCCCGGUCCUGAGGCGGGAUCGGAUCCAUACACUCCUGCCCAAUCUCUGAAUCGGGGCUCCUGCGGGAGGACCUGCUUGCUCAGUAGCCCUAACAUUGCUCUCUGGGGGUGGGUUUCUUCUCAGCUGCAGCAACUUCGGAGGUGAUGGUACGAUCAGGACUAGACCCGGGUCACCGGGCUUCCCCUAGUCCAGGGAGCAAAGGCAGCUGGACUCUGGGAGCAGGUGUAUGGGCUCAGAGUGCUAGGAAGGUGAUGGGGACAAGGGUGAACAGGAGAGCCCUAGGCUCCCUCUGUGCUCUCCAACCUACCCUGAGGACUCUGCUGAAGACCAAAUCAUCUGACAAUCACUUGACAAUCAUUAGGAGGGAGGGGCCUGGCCAUACUCUGGGGGAAAGGAGGAGACUGGCACCUGGUUCAGGAUGGAGCUUGGUCUCUCUCUCUCCCCCCCUAUCCUGGUGGAAUUGGAAUUGGGGAAACAGGGAAGUUUAAGUUCCAUGAAGGAUGUGCAUCCACAAUGCCAAGCAGUAGUCCCCCCCAGAAAGACAGGCUCCUGAGCCCACACAGGCAGUGGCUUGUGCCUUGGGCAUUGUUUCCCCUUUCCCAGGCCUCCACUGUCCCCUCCACAGAAUGCAGUUUGCACAGUCAGGCAGGCUUCUGUCCCCUGGCCUACCCGAGGAGGUGGGAAGGCAUCAAGGAAGGGGUGAGGCCCUGGGGACUGUGUUCUGGCUGGAUCCCACCCCUUCCCUACCAGUUUCCCGAGCACUUUAUUUUCUCAUCUGCUAGUCUGGGGCUUCUAGGAAACCUAGAGAUCCCAGCCUCAGAAGCCUUAACUGGCCAGCACCCACCCCAAAGAACGCCCCUGCCUGGGCCUGAGGCCUGUGGGCUAGGCUCUCCCCAGACCAAUCUCCCUAAUCCUCAACCUGCCUUGCCAGCUGCCGGAGAUGAAGACACAUGGCCCUCCCAGUUAGGUAGACUUCCAUUGCCUCUGGGUGAGGACCAUGACCUCGCACCACCCCAGCUUGUCUGUUGCUUUGUGAUGCCCCUGGCAGGAAGAAGAGUGGGUUUGGGUUGCAGGGGAGCAGGCACACACAAUAAACAGCAAGGGUUGCACACA